CGCCACAACAGUCAACACUGAUACUUCAGACUCCUUGUAACUUUUAGUUAUCUUUAUAUAUGUAAAAAAAUUCUGCAGAUAUCAUGUCUGUCAUUUUCUCCGCUCCUCUCGCGUUGUUCGUUCUAGGUGCUCUUAGCGCCAAUGCUCAGCCUACCACAACCACAGGCCAACCGACUGAGAAUGUUGACCAAGCAACAUACACUGUAACUGAUUACAACCCCGAUACGGAUUACUUCCCGGAGAAAGUGGCCACCGACCACUCCGCGUUCUGGUCCGUAGAGUAUUUCAACAGCUAUAAGGUAGUAACCGAUAGCUUUUCGAACUACACGUACGUGAUGUACCAGCGCGGAACCCCGGAGCCAGUGCUUGAAGAACUCAACCUGGCUCCAACCAUGGGUACCUCUAUCUUUCCGGUACCCCUGGGGACCUUAACGGUCGACCAAACUAUCCCUCUACGUUUCCUUGAGGUCCUGGGAGACCUUCAGAAUCUGAAGUAUGCCCCAGCGUCCACCUACCAGUAUGCUACCUCUGCUUGUCUGCAGAAGAUUGGAGAGACCAGCAACUACACCCUCUCUGAUGACGCCGAGCUGCGUCGGGCUCAAAUCGAUUCUACGGAUCUACACAUGGUCGCUCAAUCUAUGCACCCAGAGAAAGACACCGAGGAGUACUUCAUCUACACCGAUGGGAUCACCAGCGAUCCCGGGGUCUUACACAGAGCGGAGUGGAUUGAAUAUCUUUCCUUACCAAUGAACAAGGAGAAGAUCGCUUCCGAUGAUUUUGCAAUUGUCAGAGAUAACUACAUGAGCUACAACGAGACCAUGGCUAGUGUGACCGGUGAUAAGCCAAAGGUUGCUUGGAUCACCACGGGCGACAACUAUGGCCCUGCCCCAGACUACGCCAUUGACGGAAAGAAAUGGGAAAUCGUUGAUGCUGGUUACAAGCAUGAGUACAUGCGCGAUGCAAAUCUCGAGGCCAUCCCCGCCGGCAGGUACCUAGAAAACAACAAGACCGACUUCUAUAACGCAAUUAAGGAUGCGGAUUUGGUCAUCGAUGAGUCCUACUUCUACGGUAUCAAGAACAGCACAUACUUCAUGACAACCUACAACAUCUCAGAAGCUGAUGCUGCGGAGUACAAGUUCUUGCAGGCCACCCCCCACGCCGUGUUCGGUCCCGAGGGAACAAUCAACGAGAAUUAUGGCUCAGACUGGUUCGAGAGCGCCGUAUACUAUGCCGACCGCGUGCUACUGGACAUCAUUCAAAUCUCUCGCCCCGAUGAAGCAAUCGUGCAGAACCACACCCGCACCUGGUUCUACAACUUCGCCACCGAGACGCCCUUCAUCAUUACCAGCGCCAACUGCACUACCGAAUUUUAAUUAAGCAGACGUUGAGGAGGUGUGCGUGACACGCUGUCCGUUGUUACAUAUGGCCAAUAGCUGAGGAGGUUGGCCCAAAAAACUUUUAUUACAGAAGAAUACGAUUUUUUUAGAACGUGCAUACUCGUCGAGUUUGCAUUGGAUAUAGGCGAACGACAUGCCUGUACUGAUGUGGAUUACCACAUCAAAAUUAAAACCAUCCUAACAAAGGAUUUAGGUAAAUAGUAGUUUCUUCGAAGUUGCAUCUAUAACUUUCUUCACGAAACCUUCACC